AUGGGGCCCGAGAAAGAGGAGCAGGGGGGGCAGAAGGAGGACGAGGCGUCCAAUUUAGUGGGUAGAGAAAAAUCCGGGGUUGAAAUUGAAGGAUUUUCAUCCUCACAGCAUGGCUUCUCCACCUACUGUUGCAGCCCAGAAUCUGCCAUCCGUAGUGUCCCUGCAGAAUGCGCCCGUCCCCCAGAAAUAACUGAGGGGGCAGUCAGAGGUCUGUCAUUACAGUUGCGGGAUUGCAUUAAGAAAACCUUAAAUGAAUGGAGUUCAAAGAUCAGCCCUGAUCUAGUGCAAGAGAUGCCAAAAAUCCUUGAAUGUACUCUGGCUCAAGCAAUAGAAAAGAUCAACCCUGAAGAAAGGGAUGAGUUGAAAGUUUCAGCAAAACUGUUCAUUGCAGGAUCAAAUUCAUCAUCAAUCCGAGAAGCAGUCAAUAUGACAUGUUCUGCACUUGGGGUAGACCAGUUAGAUUCUGUGAUUAUCGCUCCUCCGCCAACUGAAGAUGGGAUAAAUCUUUCCCUAGAGUAUUUACAGCCUUACUGGGCAGAGCUUGAAAACUUAGUUCAAAACAAAAAGAUUGUUGCUAUAGGGACCUCUGAUCUAGAUAAAGCCAUGUUGGAGCAGCUGUUCUUGUGGGCACAGGUGAAGCCAAGCAGCAACCAGGUGAACCUUGCUUCCUGUUGUGUGAUGCCACCAGAUCUGACUGCCUUUGCAAAAGAAUUUGACAUCCAGUUGCUAACUCAUAAUGAUCCAAAAGAACUACUUUGCGAAGCAGGCUUCCAAGAAGCUCUUCAAGAAAGUAUCCCAGAAUGCCAAGUACAUGAAUGGACUCCACUGUGGCUUCUGCGGUAUUCAGUUAUUGUGAAGAGCAGAGGAAUUAUCAAAUCCAAAGGCUACAUCUUGCAAGCAAGAAGAAUACCAUCAUCUUAAGACUUCUGACAGGGCCUGCUUCCGAAAAGACCCUGUCUCUACAAGGCUUUGCACCAGUGUGCAAAUUAGAAAAUUCAAAAGAACAAAUGUGUUAUUAUGAAGUGGUCAGUGAUGCCCAAAUUGUAUAGUGGUAUAGCUGUGUGACAGCAUAGUUGAUCCAUCAGUUUCCUUUCUUUUCUUACAUGCUUUCUGUAUGGAAACCAGCUUGCUCAAAUGGGAAAUAGUUGUUGUCACUAAACUGGAGUUUGCUAAUUUAGAGAUGAUAUAUAAAUAAAAGUAUUUGAAAUAUUUUAAUGAGUAAUAUAAACUAAAAAUAUUUGACUAACUAUAUUUUGAUUGAAAUAUUUUUUAUUUGUAAGGGGAAAUAUACCUUGUUUUCUUAUUGGUAGCUGUUGUGGCAGAAGAAAAUGUAUAAAUACUGGUGGAAUAAGUAGUUUUCCAGCUUAAGCCUAUGAAAUAAAACAAAGUGUAUGCAAGCAGAAUUGCUCAAUAUAGUAAUGAAUGUAUAUUUGAUAUUUUCCACAUCAUUGUAAGGGUCAUAUGCCUCUUGUAUUAAGAUUAAAUUAUUAUUAUUAUUUUCUUCUGAGGCACAUCUCUCUGAGACUCCUCUCUCUUGUACUUGGUUUAUGACCAAGAGAGCUGGUGGAAGAACACUGAAAACAAAGUUAACUUUAUCAAAGCUUGGCUGUUAUUGCUUUUGCUGGUGUUUUAGGGGCCAUACACAUUUUGAAAACCAUAAAAGGCUAAUGCUUGAUAUGUUUAUAUAAACCCAAGUAUUGCAUACACAGUAGAGUAUUGUGCAAUUAAUCUGUCUUAUACUUGGAGGAUACAAAGAAAAAUGUGCUCUCAAAACCAACCAAUAGUCCAGCCAUUAUUCACUUACCAUUAUUCAGAAAACAUGCUACCGGUAUUUGAACAAUAUUAAAUAUAAUGCACUAGUGAAGAAUUUCCUGGGAGAUGGCAAACAUUAUCUGGAACUUCUACAUUCAUAUCACAAAUAAUGUUUGUCAUAGGCAGCUAGAAUGUAUCAUCUUUUUUGUAUUCAUAAUAUACCUGCACAGGUUAGUGGUUCCACUGGUUAAACAUCUUAUACUUUUAUUUAUAAAGCCUGUGGUUGACAUUUCAUUCAUCAGCUUUUACAUGGAGAGUUCACUUCCAUUGAAAUUAUAGGGCAUUACUAAUGAAUGUUGCAUGAGGUUUAAACAGUAGUUGGUUUGGUACAGUCUUGGACAACUAAUGGAAUAGACUUCUGUGCAACAUUUCAGAUGGUUCUGGAGUAACCUUUGAAUUUCUCCUUAAAGCAUUUGAAUAGUUCUAGAGACAGUGAUUGAAAACAAAUAGGAUGUAUGUGUAUGUUGAAUGUUCAGGAAAAUGUUUAUAUGCAAAAUUAGGGUUGAUUACAAAACUGUUUGAACUUUGACUGUAAAGAGGCAAAAUUGUAUGUGGGCCUGUUUCAAAAUUAACAUUUUUACUUAAAACUGUGCCGAAUGUGCUUUUUACUAGUUUGAGAUUAUUGUUGAUAAAGGAAACUUUUACAGAAAUCUGCUGGUAACAGUUUGUCCCUUGCAUCAGUGCAGGCAUUCAGGUUCUGUUCCAGUUUUUUUUUUUAAUAAAACACUUUGGCCUGUUUUUCCUCCUUUGA